AUGAGCCUCCAAGAACUUGUCGCUUCUCUUGCUCAAAGCCAAACCCAAUUUCAACAGGAGACCAAGAACACUUUCUCCAACAUUCAAGCACAAAUUGGAGACUUGGCCACUGCUCUCAACAAGAUAGAACAAAGGGGUAGACAUCCAUCUCAAACUGAGAAGAACCCUAAUGCGAGUGCAAUAACUUUAAGAAGUGGGAAAACACUUGGAAAAAGCAACCCUAAAAGAGUUUCAAGAGAAGAAGAAGAUGAAGUCAUCAUUGUUGAACCUUCAAAAGUUGUAGCUCCCCCAAAGGAACCGGUUGUGCCAAACGUUGAUCAACCCGACUCUUCCAACAAACCCAUCAAACCAUUAGUCAUACCACCACCUUUUCCUUCCCGAUUAGCCUUUUCCAAGAAGAUAGAGGAAGAAAAUGAAUUAUUUGAAACUUUCCGCAAGGUCCAAAUCAACAUUCCACUAUUGAAUGCUAUUAAGCAAAUUCCAAGUUAUGCAAAAUGCCUCAAGGAUUUAUGCACUAAGAAGAGAAAAUUCAAGGCAAAUGAAAAGAUUCAAGUCAAUGCAAAUGUGUCUACAGUUAUCCAAAAGAAGUUACCUCCGAAAUGCAAGGAUCCGAGAAUAUUUGCUAUCCCUUGUACCAUUGGUGAUUUGCAUAUCGAAAGUACCAUGUUAGGUAUUGGAGGCUCGAUCAAUGUGAUGUCAUAUUUGGUUUUUCAAUCUCUCAAUGUUGGAUCUUUGGAAGACACCAGAGUAAUCAUUCAAUUAGCAGACAAGUCAAAAAAGACUCCUUCCAAAUCAUCUAUGAUCCUCCUUGCAAGACCUUUCAUGUAUACCGCUCACACAAUCAUUGAUGUCCAUAAAAGAAAGAUAACUAUGGAGUUUGAUGGAGAAACCAUUCACUUCAACAUCUUUGAAGCAAUGAGGUACCCUAGCAACAUUUCUCCAUUGUAUCGGGUUGAUGUGAUUGAGCCAAUAAACGAGAUAAGCCGUAAUGUAUGCACAAACAAGAUACUCAUGGCAGAUGAUUGUAAGCCUAAGAGGGAAGCUCAAAGAAGAUUGAAUCAUCCAAUGAUGGAAGUGACCAAUAAGAAGAUAAUUAAAAGGUUCAAAAGGUGCAAAGAGAAGAAAAAGGCAUUUCAUGACAAACACAUAACCCAAAAACACUUUAUUCCGAGUCAAAAAUUUCUUCUUUAUCAUUCACGCUUAAAGCUAUUCUCAGGAAGGUUGCGAUCUCGAUGGCACGGACCUUUUAUUGUUAUAAAAGUGUUUGAUCACGGUGCGGUUGAAAUAAAGAUUUUGGACACAAAUCAAAUAUUCAAAGUGAAUGGACACCGCUUGAAACCGUUCUAUGAAGGAUUUGAGACGGGAGAAUUCGACAAAGUAACAUUGGAAAACCCAAAUUACGAAGAUUAA